GUGGAGAGAAGUAGAGAGCGAUUGUAAGUUGUAACGCAACUCUCACCGCUUGCACCCAACUGACACAUACCUAUGGACUGCCGUUUCCCUCCCACCUCGUUUGAUUGAGAUUCACGUUUCCUAGCGGCUUCAUUCUUUUUGCGUUCUUCUCCAAGACCCGAUUACUACAUCCUUCUUACAACACCUUGGGGGGGUUAAUUUUUCUUCACCUUUUUCUCAGCCACUCAGGAACUUUAUUUCCACUAGUGCACGAGCUAUGUUGAUGGAUAUCAUAUUUUAGCAGAGAUUCAGUUCCACGGUCAUUGGCUGAUCAUAAUGGCAGUUGCUAGAAGGACCGCAAUGGCAUUUGAGACUUAUCAAAAUCAAGCACAGACAUUGGUUAAGAACUAUGUGCUAUCUGAUUCUUUUAUUCCAUACACUUCUGUCCUUAGUGGCAUGAUUGCUGGCAAAAUGGUCUAUGAUCUAUCGCAGUUGAUUAGUACAUUUUACUUCAGAAGUUAUAUUAGCCUUACAAAGAUUCAGCGGACUGAAUGGAACAACCGUGCUAUGUCAACCAUCCAUGCCAUCUUCAUAUCUGUUAUGUCGUCGUACUUUGUCUUCUGGUCCGAUCUCUUUUCUGAACAUCAUUUGGUUGGGCUUCUGACAUUCCAAAAUUCAUCAAUGUCAACCUUUACAUUAGGGGUGUCUGUUGGGUACUUUAUAUCAGAUCUUGGAAUGAUUUGCUGGCUUUAUCCAGCUUUAGGUGGAGUUGAGUAUGUUGUCCAUCACGCUCUUUCAGGAAUUGCUGUCGGAUAUUCGAUGUAUACUGGAGAAGGGCAAUUUUAUACUUUCAUGGUGCUCAUAUCUGAGUUGACAACACCAGAGAUCAACUUGAGAUGGUAUCUCGACACAGCUGGAUUGAAGAGAUCAAAUGCCUACUUGAUCAAUGGUGUUGCCAUUUUUUUUGCUUGGUUGGCUGCCAGAAUUCUGUUGUUUGUUUACAUGUUUCGUCAUGUUUACUACCACUAUGAUCAGGUCGUCCAGAUGCAUCCCUUUGGAAAUUUUCUGGUAUUGGUAGUGCCAGCAAUCCUUGGCAUUAUGAACCUGAUGUGGUUUGGGAAAAUUGUGAAGGGAUUGAAGAAGACAUUGGCAAAGACACUGUAAAUGAGAUGUUUAGGAUGAUUUCUUCGCUGCCUUGGGUUAAUGCAAUUUCCUGGCAUCCUUUUUACAUUGUACAGAUACAAAACAUUUGGCGGAUAACGAGAGAGUAGGCAUGGACUACAAGAGGAAAAAACCGCAAGCAUACGGGGGAUACACUAAUGUUGUCUGUUACUCUAACCACUGGGGUUCCAUAGAUUACUCACUUUUUCUGUGUACCUAUUUCAUGUGUAAAUGAAAAUUUCAGCAGAAA